GCGAGAUCAUGGGUUGGAUUUCAAUUGGAUGGAAUAGUUAAAGCCACCAAUUUCAAAACGGUUUUUGCUUAGACAACAAGAAAUGGAAAAUGGGAUGGAUCUGGACGACAGUCUGACCAAUAUUAACUGGCUGGGACGGUUCUCCUGCCGUGGAAUUGUGGCUGAAAAAAAGGCUUCGUCAAAACUAAAGAGUAACCCGUUAUCACAACAAAAGGCAGUGAAACCACCCUCUGGUGUCCCAGUGAAGAGGCCUCAGCACUCCUAUUCUGAGCUGAUUAAGCUGGCCCUGAACAAUGCCCCUGGCAGGAGAUUAGCUCUACAGCAGAUCUAUGCUUGGGUGGAGGACCACUUUCCCUUCUACAAAUACCAUGCCAACCCAGGCUGGAGGAAUUCUAUCCGCCAUAGCUUGUCAACACAAGAUAUCUUCAUCCGUGAGGCAGGAGGAGGUGGGAGAACGUCAUUCUGGAUGAUGAAACCACACACUCAGCCCAAUGUCUUCUUGACUCUUGGACAAAAUAAAGAUGUUUCUUCAGAGACAAAGAGCAAGAAAGGCACUGGGAGGAGGAAGAUGCCCCCCCUGUUGCCCCGUGGUGUUCUGCACUGCCUGGUCCCGGUCCCUGUGCUCAUCAGCCCACCUGCUGUCAGUCCCAUAGCCGUUCACCACGCUCCUUGCUUGCCCACCCACAAUGGCACCCAGAGGGCCAUUGCCCCUAAGCUGCCCAUCGCAUGCUGUCCAACAGCCAUCCCCUCUCCUGCAGCUGCAGUACCCACCCCGAGCCGGCAGGGGGCUGUAGUGGUGAAGCACUGGAACUCAAGCUGCCAGAAGGGAACGUGUCAGAGACGCAAGCAGAGGCAUCGGGUGCUGCAGGAGCCAGAGCUGCCCUCACAGAGCCUGUUUAGUAUCUCCACCAGCAACGACUCGGGGCUUGGCAGCGAGAAUACGGUCUCCUCAGAGCAGAAAACGGGCAGUGUAAUGGACAGCCCCUCCAACUUCAGAACUCCUGUGAAAAGGUCCUGCAAUGGGAUGGUCACGUCCACACCAUGCACUGACCCCACCCUGCUCUCACCCACUGGGGCGCUCCCCCUGCUGGGGGUGGGCCACACCCCUCCAGCCACCCUGGGGAGCUUCCUGGACGGCAGUUUCUUCAGGUCCUCAGAAGGUGGGGUCAUUGAGGAUGAAGAUCUGGGCCUAUCGUCCCUCAGAGGCACGCCUUCUGGAAAUUGCCAUGGAAAUGGCAGCCUGCCUGAUUUCUCCUUCUUCAGCUUCACCCCCAUUAGAGGAAUAUCUCAGAAGGGGGAUGAGUGUGAACCCCAGGCCAGUAAUGAAACGCUGCCUCCCGUCUUUCCCGAUUUCUCCCUCGGGGCCCUUGAACGGGGAGCUGAGCUUGUUAAUAUCAGCUGGUCAGACUUUACUUAAUACAGAUGCUCUGCAUCUGGUCUGAGGAAUCAUGGACAUGUGUCAGUUAUGAUUAAAAUUAUGCUCCAAAAACUUUGCUCUCGUUUACCAGUACUAUGAAUAUUCUUUGUUCCAGCUGAUAUUUAUGAGAAUCAUCCAAGUAAAUGCAAAGAUAAAUGAAAAGGGUAAACUGUUUUUGGUUUGAUUUUCUUGCUCUGUGUGCGCGUGUGCGCGUGCGUGCGUGCGUGCGUGCGUGCGUGCGCAAUAUAAUUGCAUUUACAAAUUGCGCUGGCUAAAUAAACCAGUCUUAUUUUGGUCCUUAAA